GCGAACGGAGUCACGUCCUUAUUUCAAGGUAUCUGGUUUACGUGCCGAUGUAGCACGGAGACGGAGCUACUCAACGCCGUAAUUUUCACGUAACCGUCGUUAUAUCGUACCAGUUCGCAUGACAGUUAUACACCGUGGUGUACACCAGGUGUUCCAAGCGGUUAUAAAUGGAUAUUAUACUUAAAAUUGAAGUGUUAUUUGGGUGUGGAUGCCGAUCGUGAUAUUCCCGUCGGCGAGGAUUACCUGCGGUUUUCAUCAAAUACACUCACCCUCCUCGAUUGCGUGCAAAUCCAACUCCUGCAACAUGCAGGGGUACCAGGGGACCUUCGAACAUCAGCCACAGGAACACCGGGACCGGGACCGGGAGGACACUGUCGUGGUGGACCUUGUUCCUCCUCAGUAUCAGCUCAGUCCACCAAACAGUCCACCUCCGACACGUCCCUCCUCCAAUGGGGGAUCGUCCGCAAAGAUACACGAAACCUCGCCGUCGCAUCAGCAGCCUCCGCUGUCCUCGAUGGACUCCAACAUCCGGAGGUACAGAACGGCGUUCACACGAGAGCAACUUGCGAGACUGGAGAAAGAAUUUCACCGGGAAAAUUACGUCAGUAGGCCCAGACGAUGUGAACUAGCAGCUCAGCUCCAGCUUCCUGAAUCCACGAUUAAGGUGUGGUUUCAAAACCGACGCAUGAAAGACAAACGCCAAAGACAGGCAUUGGCCUGGCCCUACGCCAUGUACGCCGACCCAGCGUUGGCGGCAACUCUUCUAGCCGCUGCAACAGCUUCGCUGCCACCGCCACCUUACCACAAUCACCAUCAUCACCAUCACCAUCAUCAGCUGCAGCACCAACAGACUGGUCUCCCGCCCGGCGGACACCUUCAGGCCGCUUCUCCACCCGGCUACGUUCCAGCCGCGGCCGCGGCAGCGGCAGCGGCCUACUACGCGCGCUACGUCCCUUACCAAACACACCCGGCUCAUCCGGCGCCGAUUCAUCGGCCUCACCUUCCGACACAGACGGCGACGACCACGGUACCUGGGGCCGGUUACCCGCCCGCGGGUCUCCACGCGCACACGCUUUCGCACCAGCUGAUGCAGACGCACCAUCACCAUCAGCAACCACACCAGCUCCAAUCCCCGUCUUCGGCAGCCGUUGCCGCGGCCGCGGCUCUCGGUCCCUCGCUCCAUUUCCCAUCGCCACUGAGCCUCCCUUCCUCUCCCCCAACGUCAGGCCAGCCCACCGCCUACGCGACGCCGCCUCCCGGGACUCCGUCAGCGACGUAUCGCCCUGAGCUGAGCAGUCCCGCGCAGUCCGAUACGUCGUCAAGUGAGUACGACUGCAGCGGGACUUCUCAGGCCGUGGAGAACAAGCUCUACGUACGAAGCACCGCCGCUACGACACAGACUCAGACGACCACCCUACAGACGUCGUCGAGUACAAACGAAGCCACGAAGAUCAAACCUCCGAAGUUGUUUCAACCUUAUAAAAACGACAUUACUGAAAGGACGUAGGUCAUCCGCUGCGGGCAGCGCGAGGACGAGUGCUAUUUACCAAAGUCUAUUAUUAUAAGACCAAAAGAUGCGUCGGAGUGCCUGCUUAUGUGCGUUGUAGUAUGUUAUUCAAAUUUCCGCAGGCCCGGUACUCGCGGCGAUUAAUUCCUCUUUACACCUCCGGUUCCAUUGUAAAUUUAGAACGAUAGCUGCGCUGUAUCUGAAAAUACAGUAUUGAGGUGUAGCGUUUUUACGCGCCAACUUUAUAUUUAUUAGCCAUUUCAAACUACAU